AUGGCCAAGAUUAGAUCUGAUCUGAAGGUUGCCAUGAGGGCGAAAGACACGGCCAGGCACGUUUUAAACUAUACCUUCAACCUUUACACCAUGAAUUUCACCGAUCAGCAAACAAACAAUGCCGCAAAGACCUCAUCACCCAUCCAAACUGACUUGCAACUGCUGGCACUGAUCCGAAAGCGUGCCAAUGCGGCAAAGGAGGCGGCACAACAAUUCGCGGAAGCAGACCGUCCCGAUCUCAAGGAGAAGGAAGACGUGCAGGUCACGAUACUCGAGGAGUAUGCGGGUGAGGUGCAGACAAUGAGUUUGGAAGACGUGAAGGAAAUUGUGUCGCAGGAAUUCUCGAAGCUCAAGGAAGCAGAUAAGAAAGUUGAAGUGGGCGCGCUUCUGAAAUCUCUCUUCGCUCCUGGGGGUGCCCUGGAUGGCAAGCCAGCGGAGCGCAAAGAAGUUGCCAGAAUGGCCAAAGAGAUCGUUACCUCGGCGUGA